CUGCCGCUUCCAGAGGCGCAUGCAGCAGUUGAUAGAGAAGUACAACCAGCCCUUCGAGGACGGCCCAGUGGUUCAGAUGUCCACGCUGACCUACAGGACGCCCCAGGGUCUCUCCGGUGAAGACGGAUGGCAGGACAGAAGGGCCCGUGCAAGUCCCAGCCAGAGAUCUCGAGCUGUCCCCGCCUGACACACCAGCCGACGAUUCAAAAAGCAGUGAUGCUGAUACAACUUUCUUCCAGGAAGAAGUGAUUGCUGGGAACUUAAUGCCUGCAGUGCCCUGGAGCCCUUCGAAAAAUGAGCUGAGAAGGAAGUACUUGACGCAAGUGGAUAUCCUACUGCAGGAUGAAGGGUGUUUGGAGUGUGCUGGUUACAGAGAGGGAAAGGACACCCAUGUGACCCUGGCCCCGUCACUGGCCUCACCCACCAGACCUGCCCAGGGAUACUGUGGGGAUGUCUCUGAAGACAGCCCUGGUGGUCCACUCCAGCUGCCUCCAUCACCCAGGGAGGGUGACGCCUCUCACUCCUGCUCAGCAGGCCUGGCCGUGGUGCCGAGGGGCGACGGCAUCCCCUUACAAGGGACUGGUGGCGAGGCGGAGGACGUGUGCAACGCGACGCUCAGCGACCUGUACGCGGGCAUGCUGCACUCCAUGAGCCGGCUGCUGGGCGCCAGGCCCUCCUGCAUCAUCUCCACCAAGACGCUCAUCGGCCAGAACUGGAGCUCCAGGCGGAGGCACAGGUGUAAGGGCAGAAUGAAUAGAACGAGCUGCCGAGGAGGAGGGCGCUCUCGGCGGAACCCCCAGGAGAGACGUCCAACUUGCUCCAAGCCCCUGAAGGAUGCAGUGGCCUUAAGAGAUCGCGGCAACUUGCCCGAUGUUUCUGCCUCUAAGAUGGGUUCAAAAUCAGGAAGGGCUCUUCUCAAAGUAAACAAACCCCAGAUCCAUACAUUCGCUUCACCUUGGAAGGAGCUUCAGGAAAUGCCCCGGAAGCAUUUGUCAUUGACUUACUUAGACUCCAAAGCGGUGUCUCAUCUUGAUCAGGAAAACAGGUUCGUGACCUUAAAGUGGUUGAUUUCUCCUGUAAAAAUAGCUUCCAGACCCAGAAUCCUGCAUGGCCAGGCGGGGAGUCGCUUUAAGGAAAUCGAGAUCAAAUUUGACAAGCUUCAUCAGGAGUAUUGCUUGAGUACUGGGAAGCGGCCCAGCCUGACUUACCCGCCCGGCUCCUCAGCCGUGGAUGUGUACCGAGGUGGUCCCGCAAGCCCUGGUAGCCCCCAGGGCUUAGAAGCCUACGGGCUGAGCAGCCCUCUCCGCAGAUCAAAAGCUAAGAGGCUGAGUGAGGCCUUUGAAGGCCUGAGCAGAAGAUCCAUCAGAGAGGGUAGCUGCCUGCCGAAGAGUGGUCCCUUCCCCUCACUUUCAAAGACCGGCCCCACACACAGUCCAGGCCGCCCAGAGCAGACCGUUGACCUUGUUUGUCCAGGAAGUGAUCUGGGAAAGUUUCAGAAAUCGGUACCACUCAACAAAGCCAUUUCACUACCCAGGGUACAACCUCUAGGCUUUGCCAGGGAUCGCUACGAUGAUAUUAAAGAAAAAUUUGACAAGCUUCAUCAGCAGUAUUGCCAAAAGUCACCCGAGCAGACACAGGCGCCUUCAAAUAAAGCACGUGCAGCAGUUCAGUAUCAAAAAGAAGGCUUCUCAGGAAAAUUCAACCCAGACUCUGGCUGUCGGGGUCCCCCAAGCUUGUCAUCCUCACCCCAGCAGAGUGUAAGAAGCCCCCUGGCUUCCCACACAGUUGGGGCCCCUCUACCUAUAGACGCUGCUCUUGCUGCCGGGUUGGGCCAUCAGGUCCCCACAAAGCGACGCCGAUUAUCAGACCCUCAGGUGUGCGGAGAGGGGGCCGGACCCUGGGGUUUCUCACCUGCGGGCAGAGCCGUGCCAAGGCCCGCGGAGGAGGUCGACUCUUAAAGCCCAAAUAGAAAGAGAAGAAGGUGCGUUUCUGUUUGCUGAAUGUGGGUGUCUGACGAUUCUUAGGUGCUAAUUUUUCAAAUGUUCUCCCAAAUACUUUUCCUUCUUCCAACAUCAGCAUUUUUACACAUUUCCCACUGGAAUGCACUUUGGGGGUGUUUCUAAAAAGUGUCCCUUAAAACCCUAUCCAUCCUCGGCAAACUGCCAUCUCCAGCUUCUUUAUCUCACACUCAAAAAAUUGCUGUUGGACGUGAAACUGAUCUGGGAGUUGCGACUCUCUGGUCACUUCUCACUCCUGCGUGGGAACAGAGUAGGAGUCAGCCCAGAGACAGCCCACAGCCUCCUGCCCUCCACAUCAAAGCCCCCCCGAGCCCCACCUCAGCCACGGGUUAGCUUGUGCGGGUCCCUUAAGCUGAUGCUUUACUCUGUGGGCACCAUUUUCCCCAGAGACAAGCUGAGGAGGUGGUGGACAGGCUGCUGUGAGUUCCUAAACUUCCUCAGGUGGGUGCCAGCUUUCCCAGCGAGCAUUUCAGCGCACCACAUGUGGGGCUCCUGACAAUGCAUCUGACUCCAUGUCACUCCGCAGGCUGAUGGGCUCUGACUGGGUUUGGUUUGGCAGCUCCUUCCAGAACCAUGAUACAAACAUGCUUAACCGUUUUCUGUAUUUUUUUCUUCUUUCAGUUCAGUUCAAUUGCUCAGUCGUGUCCAACUCUUUGUGACCCCAUGGACUACAGCACGCCAGGCCUCCCUGUCCAUCACCAACUCCUGGAAUUCACCCAAA